AUGAAGAUCGUUUUACUCGUCGUAUUGGCUGCUUCAAUUGCAUUUGCUCAGUUUGCUCCGCAGUAUCAACAGCAGCCACAGCAAAUAUAUGCCACGAAACCGUUUUUGUACAAUCAACCGGCGACACGAUAUAACCAGCUCAGAACAAACACGAACACUGGUUAUAGCAGCUCCAACGCUAACUAUAACAACGGUUACAACGCCAACAACAAUGGUUUCGGUACCACUGGCUACAGUAGUAAUUACGGCACUACUCCAUCCUUAUACAGUACUGCAAACAACAAUCCAUAUGCAUAUCAGACGACAACACAAUAUGGAACAAACCGGCUAUACGAUCAAAAUGGUCAAUGGAAUGGUGUAGCAUCGACGACAGCAUUGAUGGCUGUAGUUACCACAGCUAUUGCAUAUCUUUUGUAA